AAUUCCGUAAACUCUUAAAGGGCCCACCAGCCGGGUGCUUUUUGAAAAUAACCAGCGCUUCAGAUGCAUUGUGGGAAGAGAAAGUUAUUUUCAUUUUGCAUCAGAGGAACGAAUGGCCUUAAAGGCUGUUUGUUAACGUUAUUUCCCAUCGAAGCGGGGACUGCGGAGAUCAUGCUUUGAUUAUUCGGUAAUCCAUCCUUCUAAACCGGAUUCAAGAAGUCCCCCAAGAAAAGAAGGGUGAGUUGAGAAUGGCGUCUACAAACCAAGUUCUCCUGCUUAGAGUGUCGACAGCCCUGCAGACACAAUAACAACACUGCAAUACUAAAAUGAUCCAAGCCACCAUCCAGAGGGAUCCUGAAGUUUCAGCUAGUGACAGAAAAGAUGAUGAUGAUGAGGAGGAGGAGGAGGACACAAUAAUAAACCUGCAAUUGUUUCCAUACACAGAAGCUGGGGAUGAUUUAAAUGAUGGGAUCCUGAAGCGUUCCAGUACCCUGACAAACCGUCAACGUGGCAAUGAAGUCUCUGCCUUGCCAGCCACUUUGGAUACUCUGUCCAUUCACCAGCUUGCAGCUCAGGGUGAACUGAUUUUGUUAAAGGAAAGCCUCCGAAAAGGUGAGAAUCUGCUGAACAAGCCCGACGAGCGAGGAUUCACCCCUCUGAUGUGGGCCUCGGCUUUCGGAGAGAUUGAAACCGUCCGCAGCAUGCUAGACUGGGGCGCAGAUCCCCAUGUCCUUGCUAAGGAACGAGAGAGUGCCUUGUCCCUGGCCAGCACAGGAGGAUACACAGGCAUUGUCACCUUGCUGUUGGAGAAGGCUGUGGACAUCAACACCUAUGAUUGGAAUGGUGGGACUCCACUGCUUUACGCUGUACGGGGCAAUCACGCGAAGUGCGUUGAGGCCUUGCUAGCCCGCGGUGCAGACCUUACCACUGAGGCUGAUUCUGGCUAUACUCCAAUGGACCUUGCGGUGGCUUUGGGUCACAAAAAAGUCCAGCAAGUGAUUGAAAAACACAUCCUCAAGUUAUUGCGGAACAAAGAAAGAGAGGAAAAGGAUCUCGAAUCAGAAUGAUGACCGUCUCUUUGUUUUUUUCUCCCGAAACAAGGAAGUGGAUGGAAGGGUCUUUGAGGCGGGCACCUUCUAUGCCAGCCUGCAGAGAUGGUGCAGAACCGGGCAUUUUCAGACAACAGGGUACAGAAAGAAGCACCUGAGUUUUUUCCAAAAGAAACUCUGCCUUCUUGAACUAUGGCUUACAGGAUCCCCCGACAUCGAACCUAUUUCCUUUUCAAGGAAUUGCUAAUUUACCUCUCCUGUAGAUUUAUGGAAAUUUCUCCUGAAUGUCAAACCAUAAAUUGGGGGAGGGAAACUGUAUUGAGCAGACCUUCCUUUUAAGUCAGGAGUUUCCAAACUUGGCAACUUUUAAGACUUGUGGCCUCCAACUUCCAGAAUUCCUCAGGCGGCGUAGUUAAGCUGAGGAAUUCUGGGAGUUGAAGUCCACAAGUCUUAAAAGUUGCCAAGUUUGGAGACUCCCCUGCUUUAAGUUGUAAAAAGAUCUUAUUUGGCUCUGCAAAAUGUGUCAUUUCCUCAGUUGCUGGAGAUGAAUUAGGGUUGGGUCAAAGGAAGCUGAACAAAAAACUUUCGCAAGACUGAAGAGAAUAUUUUUGUUUAAUAGAAAUAUAAAUAUAUAUAUAUAUGUAUAUGUAACAGGCUUGUUCAAUGAUUUUCAUUUUCAAAUCA